UGUUAAAUUAAAUCAUGCGUAUUGAAAAUGAGGACCAAUUUAAGUUGUCAUUUUAGCCAAUAGAAUCGAUCUUAAUAAAGAUAUCGUUUUCUUUUAAAAUUUUGCGCGAAUAUUAUUCUUCAAAACGAGUCAGAAAUUAUUUGUUCCAUGAAUGAAAAUCCUCGGAGAUUUCGUUUCCUCGUUCCUCCUAAAUUUUUGUUUGGCACGCGAAUCAGAUUACCAUGAUUCGGCAGCCUUCCAGAGGUAUGGAUAUACCCUACGUUGAUAAAGAUGUAUCGCCCAUCGCUACCCCCGACAGAAGGUUCCAAGAAAAUGUCCACUUCGAAAACGGAAACGGUGGCAAUACAUUCAUAGUCCGAGAUCGCAUUCUGUUUUCUCCUUCGGAUUCUAAUAAUUCUGUUUCUGGUUCCAAGAGGAGUUAUCAAAACUAUUUAUCCGAAAUCAAUAACAAUGAUAAAGUUAGUCAAAAAUUGAAUUUUCAUCGCAAGGAGGAUGACGACCUCCAGUUGGCCAUCAACGCACUCGAAAAUGAAAUUAGUAAAAUUUCCGUAAACAGAUCGCCGCCACUCUCUCUCCAUCCGACAGGGUCACCUCAAAGUCCUUCAAAUAACUUCAAGGGCCAAUUCACUGGCGAGGAAGCAUAUUGUCGUCACACCGCAUCCAUAUUAAAAUCUCGCUCCCCUAUCCUUUCAUCUUCUAGUUGUGAAUCGCCGAUUCGUUCCGAAGUUACGAAACAACGAGACAAUUACGAAGUGAUAACCUAUUUCAACGAUAUUUAUGCCCCAUCACAAAGCGGCGAGAGCGCUAAUUCUUCCCCCGAAAAGUUGAAUACUAAUACCUAUUUAUCCCCGGCUUCAGUCGGACACGCCACCAAAAACAAACUUCACACCGUUUUUUCUUUCAGUGAAAAUUCGGAUUUUUCACCUUCGCAAUGUUCCAGAUUGCGUUCGGUCGAGUAUGAGGACCAAUAUCCGAACGAACAGCAUUACCGCCUACAAAACGGAACAUUUUUGAACCUCCCCGUCGAUCCGUUCAUCAAAUCAUCCGAGGACUCCAAGAGCAAUAUAUCCGAAAUGUCUUCGGUGUGCGAAUUUGAUAGCGAGGGAGAAGAAAUUGAUUUUACCACCGAGGGUGGCGAAAGAUUUAACGAUCAGUGUCAUCAAUAUCAUAAUAAUUUUCUAGACCACGGAAUUUCUGAAACAAACCAGAUUGGGCAGAACGGCCUUUUGAACGAAGGUAAUAAGAGCACUGGAAAACUAAAUGAAAAUAUGCCUAUGGGAGUUGCUAGAAUUUUGCAACCUAUUACGGAUAAAACUCCUUUUAAAAAGCAACCCGGUGUAAUCGAAGUUGCCAAAACUAUAGAAACAAAAGAAUCUACAGUGAUAUCCCCCCAAAAGAUAGAUAAAUACGGUUUUUUCGGUGGUCAGCAAUACAUCCCUCCCCCCAUUGAUGACGACGACGACAUCGAAGAAACCCUAAAGUCCGAAACUUUAUCCCACGCUAAUAAGACAUCAGGAUUAUCGUCAAAACAAAAAAUUAACAAACAUAUUCUCAACAAGGAUACUUCCUCUAUCGUUAAACUGCGGAAUCGCGAAAAAAAGUGGAAAGGGAUGCUUGACCACUGGGACAAGUACAGCCGGCAAAAGCCCGAUAAGAUCAAGGACCGUUGUCGGAAGGGCAUACCCCCUGCCUUUCGUGGGCUGGCUUGGCAAUACCUAUGCGGCGUACCUGCCGCCAGGGGCAAGAACACAGCACUUUACGGUCUUUUGGCCUCAGAACAGCAGAAGGGAGACCCUCUGACAGUUGACGAAAUCAAACGGGACCUGCACCGACAGUUUCCUUACCAUGAGAUGUUCUCGAGUCCCGAUGGGGCCGGUCAAAGAGAUUUAUUCAACGUACUUAAGGUUUAUAGCUUGAUGAGACCAAAGGAUGGGUACUGUCAGGCUCAGGCCCCCAUCGCCGCUGUUCUCCUUAUGCAGAUGCCAGCCGAACCCGCUUUCUGGUGUCUCUUAUCAAUUUGUGACGAGUACCUACCUGGUUAUUUCGGCCCCGGACUCGAGUCUCUCCAAUUGGAUGGCCAAGUAUUUUAUGCUCUUCUCAAACGAUUCCAUCCUUCUCUUUACCGACUCGUGAAAAAGCAGGGCAUACAACCAUCCCUGUGCGUUACCGAGUGGUUUAUGUGUCUUUACAGCCGUACUCUGCCGUGGCCUUGCGUUUUGAGGGUCUGGGAUAUUUUUCUCUGCGAAGGGGUCGGGGUCCUCUUCAAAGUGGGACUCAUCUUGUUCAAAUUAGCUUUCUCGAUUCCGCCUCAAGUAGCGAUAGAAGUCGGCGGAGGUAAUGAAGCCAAGAACAAAUCCAAAUAUUUGUCUAAAAACGUUAAAGAAGGUAACUCAGAAGCUCCCCAAACUUCGCGAAGCCAACCCAAGAGCAUGUUCGGCAGUUUGCCCUUGUUGCAUUCUUUCGGUGCCUCUUCGCUUUCUUCUAGAUUCCCCAGCAUGUACGAAACCAUGGGAGCUCUCCAGGCCCUCAAAAGCAAGAAUAUCGGGGACGAUUUCCUUAUAGACGAAAUAGUUAAACUUAAAAUCCCUAAGGAAUUAUUUGAGAAGGAAAGGCUCUACUUAAAGAAGCGGCGAUGAUUUA